UGCGACUGCAUCAACGCGCAUGCGGAGUUAUACACGACGAGCAGCUGCAGCGGACGCUUCCAGCUCUUAAUUUUCGAACCAUUCAUCUUCCAUGUGAAGGCCGCCUCGCUCGAUGCAGCGUUGCUCGUCCUUGCAGCGUGUCAGGCGGCAGGCGUGCAGGAUUGCGGCAUCACUGAAAAAUGA